GGUGCGCAUGCGCUUUCUUGGAGAGUCUUCCGGCGCGCAUUACGAAGCCUUUCCACCCGACGAAAUUCUUUUCUUCUUUCCUAGCACAACGGAAGGAAUACAACAUCUGCGACGACAACCUUCGAAAGACCGAUACAAGUUGGAAACGCAGCGCCUCAUGGACGCUGUCUCGACCACGACACAAUGUUCCACGUCGUGAGCGCCUCGUCGCCGGUGCCAUCGGAAAUCUUUGCGCUCCUUGCGCUCCUCGUUAUUUCCGUCAUCGUCCUAUUGAUUCUGCGCCAUUUCCUACCCUUGCGAACGACUCCCGCCUUCUACCUGGUUCCAAUCUUCUUCGCAUUAUGGCUGCCCGCGUGCAUGGUACUGCUUGUACCGAUCGAUUUGGCUUCAAGCGCUAGGACCGACGAUGAGGCCACGCGCGGUAUCUGGCUCCCCCAGAGAUUGUUACUUGUGUCGUGGAGGAUUACUUACUGGCUCACUUUCGCCUUGACAUGGUUCAUCCUCCCCAUCCUUGGCGAAUACUCCGAUUCCGGCUACCGCGAACCGCAAGACAGUCUCAAGUACUCACUCCGUCAAAAUGCGCAAUACCAUGCGAUGGUGUUCGGAUCUGCUGCUAUCGGCCUCACAUACCUUUUCGCCAGAUAUGGCGUCGGCGCCUUCGAGUUCAAAGCCUCCUUCAUGGCACUCGCAUAUUUCUACGGCUUGGUUUUCGCGAUAUACCUCAUGGGACACGGCUUGGUCUCUGUGCCCCGGCGACUACUUCGGUACGCAUCUAUUAGCGGAAGACUGCGUCGACUUCAAAUCCGUGCACCGAAACUAUACGAAAAGAUGGAGGAUUCCCUGCUGAACCUGGAGGAUGUCGAAUUGCAAGUAUCGGAGCUCGGCCGUCGGAAGACCGGCAGCGCAGUCAAAUUCAGCGAGUGGAUCGACGAGCUCGUUGAAAGCGCCAAUAUGCCCGAAUCCCAGCCGCGCACCGUCGUUGGCGACACGCGCGCUCUGCCAACCGUUAUCACAGAGAAGUUCAUGGCGGACUUGUCUCGGAAGCUGAUGCGAGCUCGGCACACGCGGUCCCGUUACGUGAACGAGUGGAACGAUUUGUUGAAGGAUGCCUCUGACACGCAAGCAAUUCUCGACUCCGCCGCCUCCAAGAAGCUGACGUUUGCCGCCCCUUCACCCCACGCUGGGUUCUGGGAUCGAUUCACCGUCCACACGCCGUACUCCAGGUACAUUUACUAUUACCAUUUUGAGCCUUAUGCCUGCAUUGCCCUGGGCGUGUUUCUGGCAGCCGCUUCCGUUCUGAUCAUCUGGUCUGAAUUGGUCAAAGCCGCCUUCCCUCAGCUGUCCGUCAUCCGUCUAACCGUUGUCCAUCACUGGGUCGGAGAGAAGGGCCAAGUUGGUUUCGCUGGUCAACUUAUCUCGGUUCUCUGGCUACUCUACAUGUGUGCGGCCACCUUUAUCACUAUGACGGAGGUAAAGACUUGGCGCGGGCGUGCACUCGUGAAGCGCAAUACGGCAUACGAAUCGGCAUUUUGGUACUCUGGACAAGUUGCGAAGCUCAGCGUUCCUCUGUCAUACAACUUCAUGACUUUCCUGUCUGGCGAGAUCUACAAGAAGACACGAUUCUAUGGCUUCCUCGGAACGCUGGUCAACUUUACCCCGCUAGGCCGCUGGGCAGACUACCUUUUUCCCGUUUUUGUAUUGCUCCCAGUGGCGGCCACUCUAUUUGGCUUGUACGGGAAGGUCAAGCGCAUGUUUGGCUUCGGUGGCGAAUUCAUCGAUGAUGAUGACGAGAACGGCGAUGGACGGGUGUUUGGCACAGGGUCAUGGAGGGAAGGUCGCGAUCUCAUUGAGCGCGAGCUGGGCGGCAACUCUGCCUUGCGUCGUCGUGAAGAGGCUUUCGCUAGGCUAGAGUCGGGCGGAAGAUCCGCUCCUGUCCUGACGAUUCCUGGCGGACGCAACGGCCUCGCAUCAUCUCCAGCGAGGUCUCCUGUGCGGGCCACUACUAACCGCCAACCAGGCCAAUCGUCCCGAAACAGGCCGUACCGUGAUGAGCCGGAGGAAGACCAGAACUUUUUUGAGUCUCUGGGUCAUCGGAUGAAAAACACGAUGGACACCUUUGAGCCCCCACAGUGGUUCCAAGACAUCAAGAAACCCAAGUGGAUGGGUGGCGAUGAUGACGAGCCAGGAAACGGUAGCGGCAGUGGUAACGGCGGCGGGGUCGAGUCUGACAUUCGACGCUGGUUCGGUGGUGGCGGUAGUAGCGAAGGACGAGUCCGGCUGUGAAUUCUCUUUUUCCCUUUGUUGCUUUUGAGUAUCACCACGUUGCACGACAUUUGGAGUCUCUACCAAGAGCUGGGGAGAACGCAUCGUUAGGAGUUUUGGCUUCAUAUUCCCGCGCCUGGGGCUUUGGGACGUAGCUGUAACCAAACGCACCAAAUUGGCAGGGGUAAAUAGAAUGGUUUAAUAGCGGUGCGAGACCCAGCACCUGUUUAUGAGAUAGAAUUACGUUCCAUAGAUUCCCCACA